GUUUCUGUAGAUGGAGCGCAGGGGAAGGCGCUCGCCGGAUCGCGAGCGCGGCGAGAGAGGGGACAGGCACGGCAGGCGCUACGAGGGCGAAGGAUUUGGCAGCGACCGCAGAGAGAGGCGCUAUGAUUCUGGCGACGAUUUCGAUCGCGGGGACAGGAGGUUUUUCCAGCGUGAGGAAGGUAGAGAUUUCCGGCGUGAGAAUGUAGGGAGAAGAGGGGAUGGAGCAGCAGCAGCAAGUCAGGAGCUUCCGGAGCUCUACUCGAUUUGUAGGGGACGAGUUCACUCGGUGAAACCCUUUGGUUUGUUUGUUCGUUUAGAAGGCUAUCGAGCUCACGGGCUCGUCCAUCUUUCGCAAGUGAGCAAUCACGAGGUCACGCAGCGGGAAGACUCGGACGAGGUGAAAAUGCAAGCUUUGGCAGCGAUUGCCGGGCAAGGAGAGGAGAUAUGGGUGAAGAUUAUCGCCGUGAGACGAGAGGAAGAUGGAAGUGUGAAGAUCGGUUGCUCGAUGAAGCUUGUUGGGCAGACCGAUGGAAGAGACUUGGAUCCAAACAAUCUCCAGGCCGAGCUCAACGAAUCAAGGCCAUCUCGUCCUGCUCGUUCCAAAGUUACUCUUGAUGCUGUUUACAACGUUUCUUGCUCGCGGUGCGGCGGUCACGGCCACUUGAAAUCCGAAUGCUACGCCACCGGUGACAAAACUUACGAGCUUCUUCCAGAGGAAGCUCUGGAGGAUCCAGUGCCACAGCCAUCGACAGUACUUGCGGAAGAAACUCUAGACAAGGAGAAGAACAGGCACAGCGCAUCCAAGUCGAGCAAGAAACGAAGCCAUCUCCCAGACAGCGUUACUACGGUGGAAGAAGCCAAAGCUCUCAUCGCGAGCCUCAAGGACGAGAAGAAGAAAAAGAAGGAGAAAAGAGAAAGCAAGCGCCACCAUAGCAAGCAUCACAAGAAGAGGAGGAAAGAGGAGGAAUCAGCGCACUAAGGCAAGCGGUGGUGUGGAAUAUCCGCG